GACAAAAAAAUUAAAGAAUAACAAAACAAAAUGGCCCUUAAACGUAUUAACAAGGAACUCAAAGAUCUUGAACGCGACCCUCCUUCUUCCUGCUCUGCAGGUCCUAUUGGUGAUGAUUUAUUCCACUGGCAAGCUACCAUUAUGGGCCCUGAAGAUAGCCCUUAUCAAGGUGGUGUCUUUUUCUUGUCUAUUCAUUUCCCUACUGAUUAUCCUUUCAAACCUCCUAAGAUUAACUUUACUACCAAGAUUUAUCAUCCAAAUAUUAACAGUAAUGGUAGCAUCUGUUUAGAUAUUUUGAAGGAUCAAUGGUCACCUGCACUUACAAUUUCAAAGGUUCUUCUUUCUGUUUGUUCUCUUCUUACAGACCCUAACCCUGAUGAUCCUCUUGUUCCCGAAUUGGCUCAUAUCUAUAAGACUGAUCGUGCUCGUUAUGAAGCUACUGCAAGAGAUUGGACUAGAAAAUAUGCCAGUAAGUUUAUAAAGUAAUUUUAUUUAUAGUUCUUUGGUUUUAAUUUAUAAUUAUAAUAGUGUAAAAUUGAGGGUUUAUAUGUGUAUAUACUUAUGAUACAUGUAUAUAAUUCUAUAUACAUAAAAAAAGAAACUUUUGUUGGGAAUUGUAUUUGUAUUGAAAGUAAUAAAUAGAAGUUACAACUACAUAUUUCAAAUAGGUUUUUUUUUA